AAGUUCAACGCAGAAACUCAAUUCUGAACUAGAAAUUUCUUGGUCUAUUUUGAAUCACUCACUCUGUAUCUGUAAUUCUUAUUUUCUAAGGAAAGAUUGAAUUUUGUUUGCCAGUUUUAGGGUUUUUGUUUUUCUGGGUAUGUCUUCGAGUUUGAGAUUCUUUGUCUGAAUUCUUCUAUGUUUCAGUAGAAACACAAAAGGAACAGAUCAAUGGCCGAAGAGAAUUUAGGCGGAGAAAGAAAAAUCGGAUCAGUGAAAGCCGCCAUUAACAUGUACGGACAAAAAGCUACUCGAAGCGUCUUUCCUCAGCUUGAUUUGCCGGUCGUUAAGUCUUCUUCUCCUUCGGUUGCUGAGGACUUGCAUAAGUCAGGGAGAGAGCUUGGAAUGUACAGAGAGAGCAGAAGAGCUUCUGAGUCUGCAAAGGCAAAAGCAGAAGCUGAACUCUUCAAGGCCAAGAAGACGGUGCAGGAGCUCACUUUACUGAUACAGGAGUCAAAUCGCAGAUUAAAGUCCCAGAAAAUCGAUGUUGAAGCUGUGAAGAAGUUAAAGAUCGAUGGGAAUGAUCAGUACGCUCAAAUCAUGAGAGAAUUAGAGGAUGUGAAGCAAGAGCUGAGUAAGCUGAAGCUUGAUGUAGCAUAUGUUUCGAGAGAGAAAGCUGCUGCGGAGAAGGAAGUGAUAGAGUUAGGGAUUAGAACGGAAGAGAAUCUGAAGUUGUUAGAGAGUCUAAAGUUAGAGGUCGAUGUAGCGAACGAAGAACAUGUUUUAGUUGAAUUAGCGAAGAUCGAGGCCUUGAAGGAACGUAAAGAGGUCGAAGAGGAGAGAGAGAAGGAAAGGAAGGAAGUGUUUGAUUCAUUGGAGGAAAGGAGAAAGAGAAUAAGAGAAAUGGUGAGAGAGAUUGAGAAAUCAAAGGAGACUGAGAAUGUGUUAUCUGAGACUUUAUCAGAUAUAGAGAUGUUAGAAACUCAGUUAAAGCUUGUUAAGGACAUGGAGAGGAAAGUUCAGAGGAAUGACAGUAUGUCGAGAUCGAAAAAUCGUUUUUUCGAAAGAGGAAAAGAUAAUUUGUCGGUUUUGAAAGAAGUUACUGAAGCAACAGAAGCGAAGAAAGAGGAGCUAGGUUGUAUUAACGCAGAGAUCUUUUGUCUCGUUAAUAUAAUGGAUGCGUUGAGGCAAGAACUUGAAGAAACCAAACAAGAAACAGAGCGGUUUAAUAAGAUGAUACAAAAGGAUGAUGUGGUGAUUGAGAAACUCAACGCGAAGCUGCUUAUGGCGAAAGGUAGAUUAGAAGCAGUAUCUGCAGCUGAAGAAAGAAUCAGCUCACUCGCUGACAAUUUAACUUGUUCGUUCGAGAAACUAAAGAACGAUAAAGAAGCUGCAAAGAAAGAGGAGCUUAACCUUAAAGAAGAAGCAAGAGUCAUCAAGAGUGAGAUAGAGAAAACAGAAAUGGGAUUUAGCGGGAAGGAGAAAGAGUUGCUUUCCAAGUUAGAUGAGCUUGAGAAAGUGAAGCAAUCAGAGGCUUUAGCCCUCGAGAAGCUUGAAUCAAUGGUUGAGAAAACAAUGGAAACACGAGAAAUGAAUUCGCUGCGAUGUUCAACCAUCACAAUCUCAAGAUUUGAGUAUGAGUAUUUGAGUGGACAAGCUUGUCACGCUGAAGAAACCGCAGAGAAGAAAGUGGAAGCGGCAUUGGCGUGGGUGGAAGCACUCAAGGCAAGCACUAAGGAGAUUUUGAUAAAGACGGAAACUUUGAAGAGAGAGAGUGGGAAAACAAUAGUGGAAGAAGAGAGGGAAUCGUUUAGGAUGCAGAGGUCGCUAUCGAUAAAAAGACUGGUCCAGAACGAGAUUCAGAAGUUCAAGGAGAGUUCAGAAGACAACAAAAGCUUGAUUUCUCCUAAACCGGUAAGAAAAUCGAUGAGGCUGAGCGGGAAAUUCACUCCGGUUCAUGGAGGUAAGGCGAGAAGAUACUCAUCGGGAAACAGAGGGACUCCCAAUUACUUUGUAAUCAAGAAGAAGAAGAAAGUUCCGAACUUGGUCAAAUUUUUUAGCCGGAAAAGAGAUAAGAGCUCUUUAGAACAAUGAGAAGUUAGUUAUCUUGUUGUAGUGACGACUGAGUUUUUUGCUUGCGUUUUAAGUUUCAGUGUUUCACAUUGUUGUAAUUUGUGAUUGGUUUAUUUGUUUUACGUCUUGAUGUAUUUAUGUAUACUUAAGUGUAUAUUAAUCAUGAUAAAAAAAAAAAUCC